AAUAGAGGUUAAGUUAUGGUUAGUUUACAUGCAGUAGUUAACUUUGAUAGUAACUAAUAAAUUUUCUUACUAGGUAUUGCGGAAUAAAGACAAAAUAAAACUAUACUUAUCAUAGAAAGAUAAUGGAACUUAUAUAAUAUCAGAAGUACUAAAUUGAUAAUAGCAGCUUUACCAUAAGGAAUUGUAAUUACUUUAUUUAAGGAGGUUUGGCAUCAAUAUGACUAAUUUAAAGUUCGCUGCCAACUUAUCCUUUAUGUUUAAAGAGGCACAGUCUAUUACUGAAAGAUAUAAAUUAGCAAAAGAAGCUGGCUUUACUGCUGUUGAAAGUGGAUUUCCUUUUGGUUUUACCAUUAAAGAUGUAUCAGAAGCAAAGAGAAAUGCAGGUGUCGAACAGAUUCUUAUAAAUGUAUUUACAGGUGAUGUAUCAAAAGGAGAAUUAGGAUUUGCAGCAAUACCUGGAGAAGAAGAUAACUUUAAAAAGAGUAUUAAUUUGACAAUAGAGUAUGCAAAAGCUUUAGGUUGUAAACGAAUUCAUGUAAUGUCGGGUAAAGUGGGUAAAGUAACAUCUGAUAAUGAUGAUGUUUACGAAAAGAAUCUUUUGUAUGCAGUUGAAUAUUUUCAAAGAGAAGGAAUUGUUGGCCUUAUUGAACCUAUCAAUAGUAUCUCAGUUCCAAAUUAUUACAUGAAUAGUUUUCGAAAAGGUUUAGAUAUAGUAAAAAGAAUAAACAGCCCAAACUUGAAGCUGUUGUUGGAUAUCUUUCACCUACAACAUAUUUCGGGCAAUAUUACGAAAAACAUUAAGGAACUUUUACCUUAUAUAGGUCACGUACAAAUUGCUCAAGUUCCAGACAGGCACGAGCCUGAUACUCCAGGAGAAAUAAAUUAUAAAUAUGUUCUUUCCACAUUAGAGAAAGAAGGAUAUAAUGGAUACAUUGGUUUAGAGUAUUUACCAAAAUCUUCUUCUGUAGAAGGAUUAAGUUGGAUACAAAAAUAUGGUUACAUAUUGUAAUAAUAAUGUCCUAACAUUUGCUGAAAGUUUCCAUCUGCAGUAUAACUAUAUUAUUUUUUACUAUUACUUAGGGGAAGAAUAAGGAAUCUUUUACAAAAAUUACAUACAUUUUUACAUUAUAAUAUAAGCCAUGUUAUUACAAUUUAAUUCUUACUAUAAAUGUUAUAUACAUGACAGAACAAAUAAACAAAAUUUUGUUUUGUUAA